AUUCUUUGCAGUCCGACUUGCAGCUAAUCCGAAUCUAACGAUGGUUACCGAACCGGCUGACCUACUUCCGAUGCGAUGCUUGUACGAGAUAAGUCGGGCACAAAAGUUAUGCAGGAACUCCGAGGACAGCCUCUAUUGCCAAGUAUCGGGGCUUGAUCUGCGUCAUGUCGCCAUCUCGGACUUCAGUAAGUCCCAUCGAAGCAGAAAGCUUAUUGUCACUUGUAUGUCGCGACCUCCGCUAUGUAUCAUCAUCGAAUAUUGGGGCAAGCAUACAACUGACUGUGUCCAUUGCCAUUCAACAUUCCUGCUCUGCGGAAACCCCUUGCGACAAAAGCCAAACAUGCCACUUGCAGACUUGACUCGUCUCGAUGUCGAGUUUCCAACUCUCGACGGUAACCCUUCGUGGCUGUGUUCUACCUGCUUCGAAGCGUGGCCCGGCUAUUAUCAUGUCUGCAGGAUUCAACAUGCCUAAGGAUGCCAUUUUGCCAGACAUCGGGAAGUGGUUUCAAGAGCACGGCAUUAGUUGCCUCCUCUUCGAUAGUCAAGGCAUAGGCUCAAGCGAUGGAGAGCCAAGGAACGAUGUCGACGCAAGACAGCAAGCCGAGCACCUUCAUGACGCCGUGACUUGGUUCCUUGAGCAGCCUUACGUCGAUGAUACUAAAAUUGCUCUCUGGGGCCUUUGUUUUGGAGGCAAUGUCAGUCUUGCAGCGGCAGCUUUUGAGAGACGCAAUUUUAGCAAGCGAGUAUCCGCUGUCAUUGCUGUUGCGCCACUGAUUGACUCAACCGGUAAUCCGGAGAGACGACAACCGAUUCUCGAGCUCGCUAUGCAUGAUCGAGUGAGCCGCCUAGCUGGAGAAGAGCCCAUGUACCUUCCCUAUGUGAACGAGGAUGGCAGCGUUCCCAACGGCCUUCAGAUGCCAGCAGACAUGAUGCCAGCACUCGACCGCCUCGGCAUUCCCGUAGAGAACCGCAUCUCCUUUGACAUGUCGUGCCCCACUAAGGAACAGCUUCAGUGCUUUGAGCUUAUGGACGAACCCAAGGAGCUCGAUAUCUUGAAGGGUAAAGGACAUCUUGAUUGGGUAUUCGGGGAUGUUGAGAGCAUUCUUGAGCGCCAGUUGGACUUCUUGAAACGGCGCCUGGUGUUUUGA